AUGCCGAUGACAACUCGCUUUCAACGCCUAGGAGUGCGUGCCUUGAGCUCCGCCACCGCCUCUAGCGCCGGCCUUCGAGCCCCACACCAACGGCAACCAUCACCGUUCACCGUCCGGCCCUCGACAGAAGAAAUCCGGAACUCAUCCCUCGACGCGCGCAAUUUAGAGCAUGCUGUUAGAGCAAUUCAUCAAGACGGCAUCGUCGUCGUCGAAGAUGUAGUACCCCACGAGGUCCUUGAUAGUCUUAACCACAAGAUGGUGGAAGACGCCCGAGAGCUACAGGCCCGCGGGAAGGACGGUCCUUUCAACUACAACCAGGGAAACCUGCAACAAGAUGCACCUCCUACCGCGGAGUACUUCCAUCCAUCCAUCUUUAUAAAUCCUAUUGCGACUCAGAUCACCUCCGCCGUCCUGGGGCCUCGACCGAAAUGGACUUUUUGCUCUGCCAACGCCGCUAUGCCUCCGCUUCCUGGGGGAACUUCCCAGCGCCAACCGGUACACUCAGACGCUGACUUCUUCCACCCUAUACAUCCGUUUGCUUUGGUUGUCAAUGUCCCACUGGUGACCAUGAGCCCGUCCAAUGGGUCCACCGAGGUUUGGCCCGGCACGCAUGUCGCAGAUAUAUCUGCACAAGAGGGUGCGCACGGUGACCGGGCGAGUGGUCGUAUCAAAGAGGAUCAUCUGGCCGAGCGUGCUGCCGUAGUCCCUCCCAGCCAGCCCAUUGUAGAGAAAGGGUCGGUUGUGGUGAGAGAUCUACGCCUCUGGCAUGCCGGCAUGCCCAACACGACUGAUCAAACCCGCAUCAUGCUUGCGAUGAUCCACUUCGCCCCAUGGUAUCGCAACAGAAUGAAGCUACAGUUCUGUGAAGAUAUUAAGCCAAUCCUGGAGGGGCUAGAUCGUGAUGAUAAACUGGGGUUGGCGGCCCCUGUAGACUGGAUUAGCCGGGAAGAGGCCCUCGGAAGCUACCUCAAUAGGGGUUUCGGAAAUAGUUAUGACUUUGAUCAAGAUCCAUAG